AUGUCAUUCGCUUCGUCCAUCACUACCUUUUUCAAGGCCAUGUUCAUUACUGUCGUCGGCUGGCUCUUCACUCGCAAUUGUGAGGCCAACGGGGACGCAGCCUACUCCCCCAGAGCCCUUGAGGAAGGCUUGUUCAGUGCCGUCGACACCAACGUCGUCGCCACUCACUUCCCCAAUAUGUACUCUGCUUCUACCCCCGAAGCUGACCAUAUUCACGUGGUCAAGCCGGUGCCGACGAUAAUUGUCACUCCGCCCUCGAUUGACAACAUAUACAAGGUCCACACCGAGCAGAGUACAACAUCGGUUGGCGCCACGAAAGACGACGUUCUGCCAACUGAGAGUGUUGUUGAGGCCAGCGCUGGAACUCAAGUCAUGCAUGACGGUAACUCCGUCGUUGAUGUUUCUGCCAACAAAGAGCCCCACAUGAACACCAAAGUCGUUGUUUCUGUGAACAGCCAGCCGCUUAUCCCUUCCGUGUCUCUCACUUAUCUUAAUCCCCGCCCUGCACCGUCUCCUCCAAUCAAGGUCAUGGCAACGCCUUCUCGUGUGCCGUUGUGCAACAUUACCAACACUAGAAAGCCGGUUCGAGUCGGAAACGGGUCUUCCAAGAAGAAACAGGCCCGCGCAGCUGUCGUCUCCACCACGAGCCGAAACGUCAAAGGGGAAUAUGAUCAGGUCGUAAACGCAGGCACACUUUCGCUCGACGAGCAAUGGGCUGCCGCCAAAGCUCUCGUAUCUUCACGUCGGCAGCAGAUCGUAUCCUAUAAGCGCCUCAGUGCUCCCAUAAACAAAACACCCACCAUCAACGUUGUUCCCAAACGUUAUUCAGCGCCAGCAAUACCCACAGCCUCGACUGCGGCACCGAAGCUUGAAUUGGAGCAAUUGCUGGAUGAGCUCUUGCUCGAGGCCCAGGAAACGCUCGCGAUGGUCGAGUCCCAGCGUAUUGUCCUUAACACCAACAUACAAGGACUCCCUCCAACCGCGCCGUUGAAGUUGAGCCCAAAAGCCAAAUUCAAUACCCCUUCUCCAAAUCACGCUCUUUGCCUCAAUAAAUCCGCUGUUGCGUCGUUUCACAAUGAUGUAAUCCCUCCAUCCUCCGCCCUCCCUCACUCUUCCACGCUCGCAACACUUUCGAGUUGCGGUUCCAUUGGCUCCAUCUUGGACCAUUUCGAGGACCUCAUCGUCAGUCCUUCUUGGCGGAGAAUUUCGGGACAUUCCGACGCGUUGGAGAAACGUUGGGUGGUGGAGGCGCUGGUCUGA